AUGGUGGGAAAUAUUGCACUGGUAAAAGGAAACGGUUCAAGUCCUGCAACACCCAAGUAAGUAUUUCAAUAUAGUUUUAAAAACAACAGGCCGAGAUGGAUUGACCUGGUCAGGAAUUAAAAUGAGCGCUCAAUUAAUUUAAAUAACGUCUUCAAAAUUCAUAAGAUACGAGAAACACGGGGCGAAAAAAAAGUUAUUUGCACAAAUUUGCUCCCUGAAAUAUGUCGCAACUAUAUAAAUAGUGCGGAGUAAAUAUAUGGCAAACAUGGUAAAUAUAAAUGCCAAAUUUGCCUAGUUAUUUUCACCACCUGUUUUUUGGUCUGCAAAUGUUUCAUUUACCAUCUUUGCCAUAUAUUUACUCCUCAGUAUUUACAAAUCUGCGACAUAUAUGCAAGGAGCAGCAAAUUCGUGUAAAUCCAUUUUUUUUCGUCCAGUGAAAGAUGCUUACUCAGCAAGAAUGUUUCUUUGCAGGACUGUUUGUCACAUGAACCUAGCUCUAGUUUCUUCAGCUCCUAAGAGUCUCGGGGGGGCGGUCAUCCAGACCCUUAGAUAAGAGGGGGGAGGGGGGAGGCGGUCUCGGAAAAAUUUUUUUUCGGACCUUCGGGCCUCAGUUUGGUCCAAAAAUAAGGAAGGGCCAGCCAACCCCCCCCCCGGCCCCCUCCCUUGGAUCCGUCACUAAGUCUCCUGUAGCUUGAUGGUAGAGCAUCUGGCCUACUGACCAGGAGGUCAUAGGUUCGACUCCUGUUUGGAGUUGUCGGAUUUUUACUUCCCUUCCGCCUGUGUCAUAGCCUACAAGCAAGCUGUCCGGGGCGCUCUGGCGGUCGAUGCGAAAUUGUUGGCUGAUUGGUGGAGAUGACAGUAAUGACGUUACCCUUGGCGCGUGCUUUCACGUGUUUUUCAAUGUUUGUUUACAUUCGCGCUUGUUUCCGCUUCGCGCUGAUUGGCGGAAAUCUGACAGCUCAGUCGACGGCGCGGAAAGCCACAGGGGAAUUGGAGGCGGAAUUGAAAUUCCAGAGACGUAGUUGCGAGCUCUGCUUUCUUUUCCCGCCCCGCCGCCAGAGCGCCCCGGAGAGCUGGCUCGCAGGCUACCUGUGUCACUGUCUGUAUGAACAUCUUUCUCAUGUAUUCAUCAGGCUUAAAAUUCACCAUCACAUUUUUAUCAUUCGACUAAAAUGUGUGGCCGUUUGGCUUACGGCUCACCCCGUUAAGAAGCUGGUUUACAGUCAUGUCUUUAUUGAUUGUUUUGCAUUUGUAACUUUGUCAGGAAUGCCCCAAAGGUUCUGUGGACUUCCGUGCCAUACAGUGUGCAAAUAUACAUGCACGGAGCGUGA